AUGGAGUCCAAGUUGCAUUAUGGUUUUAAUACUUCGAGGUCAUGGAUUGUUAGUUCAUCUGGAAAUGAUGUCUAUGAGGUGCAUUCACAUCCAUCUGUUUCAGUUGACAUUAGUAGACGAAUAUGUUCUUGUGGCGAGUGGCAGUUGAAAGGGUUUCCAUGUGCACAUGCAGUUGGUGCUAUACAAAAGAGUGGACAUGAUUUGUGUUUAUUUGUUGAUCAAUACUUCCAUGUUCAAAGUUAUCGAGAGUCCUAUUCUUUUCCCACAUAUCCUGUUCCUUCAAUUUGGAAACCAGAUUGUAAUGUUGACGGUGAUAGUGAAGUUGUUCUUCCUCCUUUGUCCAAGAAGCAACCAGGAAGGCCAAAUAAGAAGAGGAUUCGUUCAAAUGAUGAGAAAGUGAGGCAAAUUACUUGUAGUAGAUGUGGGAAGGUUGGCAAUCACAAUAAGAAAUCGUGUAAGGAGGCUUUGUGA